UGUAUCCUGUGGUUUGUUAAGAAGAAUUUCUUCUGCUUCUGUUGUGGUCAUCUAACAUUAAUGUGAAACAUGUACAGUGAACAAGCUUCACGAUUGUAAAUCUAAAUGAUUGUGGCCAAUGAACUCUGUGUAAAAUCUUUCUGCCACGUACAGAUGUAUGGGCGCUACAGCCAGGAACUGGGAGUCUACGCCAAGGCGGAAGCGGCCCGCCUACGGGAUGGCGGCGUGCGGAACGGUGGAGGUCAGCGGUGGAACAGCGGAGUACGAAGUCGCGCAGCAGACCUGCAAGAGUACCAAAAAGACCCAUGUACAAAGUGCCAGUCGUGUGCAUCCAGAUGCCAGAAGUUCCUGAUCUCGCGGGUGGGUGAGGACUGGAUCUUCCUCAUUCUGCUGGGGCUGCUGAUGGCGCUGGUCAGCUGGGUCAUGGAUUACGCCAUCGCCUUCUGCCAAGAAGCACAGAAGUGGAUGUACGGCGGCCUGGACAGCAAUCUGCUCCUGCAGUACAUCGCCUGGGUCAGUUACCCCGUGGUGCUCAUCACGUUCUCUGCAGGAUUUACCCAGAUCCUGGCUCCUCAAGCCGUGGGCUCAGGCAUUCCUGAGAUGAAGACCAUCCUGAGGGGAGUGGUCCUCAAGGAGUACUUGACUUUUAAGACGUUUGUGGCCAAGGUCAUCGGGCUCACAUGCGCCCUGGGCAGCGGAAUGCCUCUGGGAAAGGAGGGGCCUUUCGUCCAUGUUGCCAGCUUGUGCGCUGCCCUUCUCAGCAAAUUUAUGGCUGCUCUUUUUGGUGGCAUAUACAUGGAAGAACCCUUUGAAGGAAGCAAGAACGAGCUGCGAAACACUGAAAUGCUGUCCGCCGCUUGUGCCGUGGGUGUGGGGUGCUGCUUUGCUGCGCCUAUUGGAGGGGUGUUGUUCAGCAUCGAGGUUACGUCGACGUUUUUCGCGGUGAGGAACUACUGGAGGGGCUUCUUCGCUGCUACCUUCAGUGCCUUCAUCUUCCGAGUGCUGGCCGUGUGGAACCAGGAAGAAGAGACCAUCACUGCUCUCUUUAAGACUCGCUUCCGACUGGACUUCCCCUUUGACCUUCAGGAGCUUCCGGCCUUCGCCGUCCUCGGGAUCGCCUGCGGUUUCGGGGGAGCCCUUUUUGUCUACCUGAACAGGCUCAUCGUGGAGUGCAUGAGGAAGCAGAAGACCAUUAACAAGCUCUUGCUGAGGAAGCGUUUGGCGUAUCCGGCGCUUGUCACCCUGCUGGUGUCCACCCUCACGUUCCCGCCAGGCUUCGGGCAGUUCAUGGCAGGCCAGCUGACACAGCACGAGUCGCUGGUGGCGCUGUUUGACAACCGCACGUGGUGCCGCCAGGGCGUGGCCGAGGAGUUCGACUACAUCAGUCACCACCACGGCUGGAAGCACCCCCAGGUCAACGUCUUCAUCACGCUCAUCCUCUUCAUUGUCAUGAAGUUCUGGAUGUCUGCCGUGGCCACCACCAUGCCUGUUCCUUGUGGGGCCUUCAUGCCGGUUUUCCUCAUCGGUGCAGCAUUUGGCAGACUCGUCGGAGAGAGCAUGGCUGCCAUGUUUCCUGGUGGUAUCCAUGCCGACGGCAGCGUGUACCCCAUCGUGCCUGGGGGUUAUGCUGUAGUGGGUGCCGCAGCGCUGUCCGGGGCCGUCACCCACACCGUCUCCACCGCGGUCAUCGUCUUUGAACUGACCGGUCAGAUCUCGCAUAUCCUGCCCGUGAUGAUCGCGGUGAUCCUGGCUAACGCCGUGGCCCAGGCGCUGCAGCCAUCGCUGUACGACUCCAUCAUCCGCAUCAAGAAGCUGCCGUAUCUUCCGGAGUUGGGCAUGGGGCAUCACGAGAAGUAUAAUAUCCGCGUGGAGGACAUCAUGGUGCGGGACGUCCGCUUCAUCACGCUCACCUCGUCCUAUCGAGAGCUGCAGGAGAUGUUGGUGACCGGUCAGCUCAAGACGCUCGCCUUGGUUGAAUCUCGAGACUCCAUGAUCCUCCUGGGCUCCAUCGAAAAGCUUCAGCUCCAGUCUUUGCUCUCGCUGCAGCUGAGCCGCCAGCGCCGCCUGACCCACCUGCGCCAGCUGGUCCUGGACAGCGACGCCAACGACAACCUGACCAGCCUCACAAGCCUGACCGGCGACAGCGCCCCCCCUUCUCCGCGCAGCAGCAAUGCUCAUCAAGGGGUUCGCUUCCUGAUCUCCACAGAGGAGUCAUCCUCCUUCAGCCCGGUGGGCUCCAACAUCCAGCUUCCUCUUAAAUCGGCACUGAAAAGCGUAUCGGCCGUCAGCAACGCCGACACGCCCAACGGCUCUCAGACACUGUCCUGUGCUGACGCAGACAAGGAGCUCUUAGAGAAGAGUCCAUCUGAGUCGGCCCCGUCUAAAAGAAGGAAGGCAAAACGUGUGAGGAUCUCCAUGGCGGAAUCAACUGAAGUAGAAGAUUGUAUGAGCCCAACUGAGAUUGCCGAGUGGGAGGAGCAGCAGCUGGACCAGCCGCUGGAUUUUAAGAACUCCAAGAUUGACCCGGCUCCGUUCCAGUUAGUGGAGCAAACCUCCCUGCAUAAGACCCACACCAUCUUCUCCCUGCUGGGUCUGGAUCACGCCUACGUGACCAGCAUGGGUCGUCUGGUUGGUGUCGUGUCUCUCAAAGAGCUCCGUAAGGCCAUCGAGGGCUCGGUGACGGUGACCGGGGUGAAAGUGCGCCCCCCUUUGGCCAGUUUCCGUGACAGCGGCAACACCAGCAGCAUCUCCGAGGUAACGGAGCUCCACAAGCUGUGCAUUCGCCACCGGGGACUCUCGUUGCCGCGGGAACCCCACCCGCCGGACCAGGUGGAGGACCAGUCGGACGUGGCGUACCAGGAAAUGCCCGUCGACGUGUCCCAGCAGACCGGCUUACGGUUCAAAGCCGGCCCGGGCGAGGUGCCGCAUCCUUCGUCGGAGCUCCAGGAGAGCCCGUCAUUCACCGAGGACCAAUCGGACUUUACCUUUGACUGCAGCCCCUCCCACACCGAGGAGUCCGAGCUGGUUUGUGACUUUGAGCCACCGCCGGGCCACACUUCUGAGGCAGACCAAGGGGAGGAAGGAAACGGGAGUUCACCUCUGGACCAAUCAGAACCUGAGGGUGGGAGACCAAUCGCCAACGUCCAAUCAGAGUGAUAAAUGUUGACGUUGCAGCCGUUUGUAUACCUAUAGUACCAUCGUUGGGAAUGACUCCCUAUCCAGUAUUUAACAUCCUAAAUACGCUAGUGGGUUUGGCAUUUUUAAGGCUGUUUAAAUGUAUUAAACGUAUCCUGACAUCAGUGGUUCUUAAACAUUUGACACCAAGUGACAAACAUUACAAUUGAUUUAUAAUUCCUAAAAAGUGCAUUUCUUAUUAAUGUCAGCAACAUGCAGAUACAUAACAAUUACUCCUAGGCAUAUUCUUUAUCCUCUGCAAAAACAAAUAUUAUUACUGCAGCUUAUUGAGUCAGUAUAACUAUGUUAUACUGCCCCCUGGUGGCCAAGUCUCGCACAGCAAAAGGAGCUGCAAUGAAUUACUCAUGAGACGCAAACUCAAAUUCUUGACAUUCUAUUCCAUUUUCAUUUCAGUAUAUUUUUACAAAGUACAAUAUUAUAUAGUGCCAAUUUACUCAUUAAAAAAAGAUUUUAUAACUUUUGAAAUUAUUUUUGUGGGGCCAGAAAUCUUUUCAGUGGCAUGCAAUGAGUUGCAUUGCAAGCAUGAGGUAAAUUGGACCUAAAUAAAUCUUAAACUGUUGAAGUUAAAUACAACUGUACUGUAAAUCAGGGAGUGAUUUUUUUUUCUUUUUUGCGUGCCACUCGAGAGAUCUAUGUACCACUACACAUACCACCCUUUGGUCAAUACUGUAUCGUGCAAUUAGUUAAUCCCACGAUGCAUCUUGUAAAGUAAUGAAUGACGACCCAAGUCGGAAAGAUUUUGCCUCGUCUGAUGUGAUCAUAUCAACAUUUUUAAUUGGCCCAAGUCGUUAAUUUAUCUUUGUUAGCAUGCCGUUCCCGAUAUUCACGUUCAGAAUAUUUUCAGCAUUGUAAAUUAUUUCAAAUCAUGGCUCGCAGACCACCGGGCAUCCCCAAAGUGCAGUUUGAGAACUACUGAUUUAGCCAAUCCACUCAAAGUGGCAGCCAUGUAUACGCUCCAGACCAAUAGGGGGCAGCAUAUUCUACUCUGUAGGUUGACUUUGCCCGAUCAAACGCAUAUUUGAUUGUACGACAAUACCUCAUAUUUAUAUUUAUUAUUAUUAUUUGUUUUUUUUUCACUCCAGUAAAGUAGGGAUGGGGAACCGACGUGGCACAAUAGUUAACCCAUGGAUGCUCACAUGAGUCUCAGAAAAUCGCACUCUGGUAGAAAAAUUCUCAUUUUUUCUCAAUAGUUUCACUUUAAAAGUAAAACUCGAUACAUGGGAAUUUGCCUUUAAAAAAAUAUUUUUUCAUCUAGAAAUCUAUGUAAAAAAAAAAAAAAAGGUUCCCCACAUCUGCUUUGAAUCAAUGACAUGAAUGUUUUAAUAUAUUCCAGUCACUCCUUGGUUGCCAUAUUUGUUGUUAUGGAUUAUGGGUUACACUGUACUGUAAUCACCAUCGAGCAACGUGUUGUUUAUGGAUACGGACAGCGGCGGCGCCCGUCGCAUUCCGAAUGAUUGCCCAAUCACCAGCUCUCAUUUUGAAUUUUUCCCAUGUGCGUGUGUCUUUGUUUUUUUCAUUCUGUACAGACAAAAUGAGUCAAGAGCAAAGCACAGUCGUUAACUACCUACGGUAUUGCCCCAACGUGGCCUCGUGUAUGAUGGAUGAGGUUCUAUCUAUGUAACGCAGUAUGUGGACAGUACUGUACAGUAUAUUUGUAAAGUGGUGUUGGCUUAUUCAUCGCCACAUAUGCAAUAAUUACACAGUAGUAAUGCAGUCAUGGGAGUGAAGCGAAUUCACCCAGCCUGCGUUGAUUCGUGUCCUGGGUGAAAUUUUACUGCAUGUGACAAUGUUACUCAUUUUUUGUCUGCCAGGAACGAGUAUUACUACCACACACUUAAAAGAAAAGAAAAAUUGCACCAAGAGAUGAAAGUGCUCCACUUGAAUACAUUUGUAUAUACAAUUUUAAAAAGGGGACGUAUAAUUUGGAGUAAUAAGUUGAAGUUGUAGUAUUACAAAAAUGGGUCAUAUAGUUUUCAGGAAAAUGCUGUCUUUUCUAUGUUACUUAUAUAUUUCCUCGAAAAUAUAUAUACAAUUUUUAAUCUGAAAAAAAUUAAUGAAUUUAUUCACAAUUUACCCCCCAAAUAUAACCAUAUUUAUUUAUUUCUAGUAUUAAGAGAAUAAUGUUUUAAGAAGUUGAAUCUCUUACUAAUCUUAUGUAAGUCACUUUAUAUUUCAAAUAAAAAUGUACAACUUUCCCAAAUCCAUCGAAUGGACUUACUUUUAGCCCCAAAAAAUUGAUUUUUUUGUUCCUCAAAACAUUUUUUUUCCCAAAAUUACUUGUAAGAUUAUGACUUUAAUAUGAAAAAUAUCAAUUUACUCUCUCAAAGAUAUAGCAAUAAAAGAGGAUAAUGUAUACAACUAUUUUUUUAAACAUUUCACCAAAAAUAGAAAAAUGAAAUACUUUGUCUCCCCAAAAUAUUUGACUUCAUCUCGUAAAUUACAAUUUGAAUCUCAAAAUAUGACUUUUACAUUCUAAGAAAUAUAGGACUUUAUUCUCAUGCUAUAAUGACCUUAAUUUCAAAUAUUUUUCAUCAAAAAAGAUACAGCUUUUCAUUUCAAAAAGAUCAUUUUUCCUGGACAAAUAUAGAAAAAUAUGCAACCUUACUUUGAAUUGCCAUUUUUUUUUUAACAUGAAAAGGUACAACCCAAUUGUGGAAUAUUUUACUUUACUACUGCUUUUAAUUUUUUUAAAUCUGGAAAAUACGUUUCUCAAAAAGGUACUUUUAUUUAGAAUAUUUUUUUCUCCAUAAAUGCAUGACUACUUG